AUGAAUCUCAAUGAACUGCCAAAUUCGAAACUCAACGAAUUUUCCAAAGGCAAGGGGAAUUGGGUGUAAGUGUUAUUAAUACGAUUAUGUUAAAAAGUAAACGUAUGUUUUAGUAUUGUUUUAAUAAAGUUAUUUUAUGACCUUGCAAAUUCAUUGUUGUAGAAUUGAUGAAGAUUCAACACAAAGUUUCCAUUCUUAUCACUCUCAGAACCUUGAACUCAGCAACAAAGCUCGAGUUGUUAGAAGACAAUGGGGGUUUCGUGGAUUAUGUUUUAGUAGAGAACCUGUAGAGCCUUUAAGGCCAUAUUUGAUACACAUUGAUGAGGUGGAGUUUUGCUGGACAGGACACUUAAGGGUUGGAGUUACCACGGUUAACCCAGAGAGCAAACCAGAACUUGAUUCACUGUAAGUUUUUUUAAACAUUGUUUGUAAUUUUAGAAAAUUUUACAUUAACGGCAAAGACAACUAUACUACGUUAACGUCAAAGGCUACAUUACAAAGCUAUGUAAACUCAAAUUUCAGAGCAUCCAGUUCUCAGACGUUAUUGGUUGCAUUUUCACAAAUUUCGUCUACAGUACAUGCCGGAGAUGUUGUUGGUGUGUAUUACGAAGUGGUAAACAACAAAUACGUUCAGUUACAUAUACUAGUAAACGACAAAGAUAUACCAGUGACAGAGAAUCUACUACCGUACACACCAAAUGAGAAAGUGUACAUUACGGUUGACAUUUUUGGUAUGACAAAACGAAUUACUUUUAUCCCAAUGAAGCAAACAGGUAUGUUUCAAUAAUAUAAAAAUUAAAUUAGUAAGAUUUAUAUCUAUAGUAUGGCGUACUUUAUUAUAGCCAUAGUAUAGUGUACUUUUUUAAUACAAUAAUUUUAUUUCAGUCACCAGGCUAUCUUCAAUCUGCGAAAAAGCAAUCGUAUCCACCAUGGGCCACAUUUCUAUAGAAAACUUGCCACUGCCCACUAAAAUAAAGUCAAACAUAGCAUCGUUACGCUCUAAACGCCAUUUAAUACCAGUGUGA